GACAAAUUUGGCAACUGAAUCCCUUAUCACAAUUCACAUCCAACCACAGAAAAAUUAAUUUCUUUUUCCCAUAAAUUUACAAUUUAUUCUGAAGACGAUAAUACAACUACUAUACCUACAUUCAUUGACUAAUCAAUAGAUGACAUUGAUGAUUUUCUGGCGUCAUUUGAAUUCACACUUGAAUCCUUCAAGUUAAAGACAUAUACUCCACCAACAAUGUUACAAUUUGACAAGAGGAAGUUAUAUCUCUGAGCUCAUUGCAGCAAAAUCUUGAUUCUUGGGCUCUUUGAGAUUUGAGAUUACGAUGAGUUCCUCUGUUCGACUUGUUUCAGAAUGUUUUAUCAAACCACUACACCCUAUUGAAGAUUCAAAACAAAGUUGUUAUUUAACAAGCUGGGAUAUUGCUAUGUCAUCUAUGCACUACAUCCAAAAAGGCCUAUUAUUCAAAAAACCAACAAUUUCACCAAAUAACCAACAAGAUUUCAUCGAGAAACUAUUGGAGAAGCUCAAACACUCCUUCUCUCAUGCUCUUUUCCAUUUCUAUCCUCUUUCUGGCCGCCUUGUCACCCACAAAACUCAAGACCCUCCCUCUUAUACCAUUUUUGUUGAUUGCAGUAACGAUAACACCAGAGCUAGAUUCAUCUAUGCAACUCUGGAUGCAACAAUAUAUGAUAUCCAUAAAGCAAUUAAUCAGGAUGCUCCACCAGUUGAUGAUCCGCCAAUUGUGGACUCAUUGUUUGAUCUCGAUAGAGCAAUCAAUCAUGAUGGUCACACCAUGCCGUUGCUAUCCAUUCAAGUCACGGAAUUAGGGGAUGGUGUUUUCAUAGGUUGUUCCAUGAACCAUUGUAUUGGUGAUGGGACUUCUUUUUGGAAUUUCUUCAAUAUAUGGUCUGAAAUAUAUCAAGCUCAAGCAAAAGAUCAUGAUGUUCUCAUCUCGCAUCAACCUUUUCAUAAUCGGUGGUUCCUAGAAGGUUACGGUCCACUAAUUAAUCUUCCGUUCAAACAUUUUAACGAGUUUACAAGCAGAUUUGAAGCAGUACCUAAAUUGAAAGAGAAAUUCUUUCACUUUAGUGCAGAGUCUAUUGCAAAACUGAAAGCAAAGGCCAAUAAAGAAUCCAAUACAAAUGAAAUAUCUUCCUUCCAAUCUUUAUCGGCAUUUGUUUGGAGAAGUGUGACUUGUGCACGAAGACUAAAACAUGAUCAAAAAACCAGUUGCAAGUUAGCCAUAAACAAUAGAUCAAGAAUCAAACCACCUCUCCCGCAAGAGUACUUUGGAAACUCAGUUGAUGUGGUGAGUACAGAAACGACUGUAGGCGAAUUGCUUGAGAAUGAUUUAGGAUGGGCAGCGUGGAAGGUGCAUACACUUGUUGUGAAUCAUGACGAUAGAGAGGUGAGAGAGAUGCUCAAAAAGUGGUUAGAGUCUCCGGUUGUCUACCAACUUGGUCGCCAUUUUGAUCCCUUCAGUGUGGUGAUGUCAAGUUCACCAAGGUUCAAUAUGUAUGGAAAUGAAUUUGGAAUGGGAAAAGCGGUUGCAGUUCUAAGUGGAUAUGCAAACAAAUUUGAUGGCAACGUGACAGCCUAUGAGGGAUUUGAAGGAGGAGGAAGCAUGGAUUUGGCAGUGUCCCUUUUGCCUAAUGCAAUGAGUGCGCUAGAAUCAGACGAAGAUUUUAUGAAUGCAGUUUCUGUGGUCAAUUUUUCUAAUCUUCUGUAAAUUUUAGCAAAGCUUCCUAGAAAUAAAUUAACAUAUAUUUGAAAAGAAUUGAAAUAUAUGAAUGAAUACAAUGUUUGAUA